UUUAAGUACCUACGUAAGACCCCACCCCCUAAGACAGUUCCCGUUAUCCUCCUCACACAAGGCUCCGCCCUUUCCACUUCCUUUAUUCUCCCCACAAGAGGUUACGCUCUCUUGGACCGCGCCCUUUAUUCUCUUAAAGAUGCCUCAUUCCCUCCGCCCCUUUAUUCUCCCUACAUGAGGUCACACUCUCUCGGAUCCGAGCCCCUUCCCUACUCGAGGCCACACCCCUGGAGACUCCUCUCACACAAGGCUCCGCCCCCCAUCUCCUUUAUUCUCCCCACAAGAGGUCACGCCCCCCUUGGACCUCGCCCCUUCCCCACACGGGCCCCGCCCCGCAGACAGCCCUUUAUCUACCCUACGUGUAUGCUGUCCCCUAAAACCAUCACUCACCUUUAACCUUCCUCACACGAAGCCUCCCCCACAGACGCCCCUUUACCUAUCUACGUGAGGUCCCGCCCCCUAGGAUCGCCCUUUUAUUUUUCUCCAAUGAGGUCCCGCCCUCUAGGACCGCCUCUCCUUAGCCUUCUUACACGAGGCCCCGCCUUCUCAGGCAUUCGCGGCGGGGCUGCUCGGGAAGCGUUGGAGUCGUUGGUGGCCGCAGCUCGGAGUUCGGAGUAAUGCAAGGCUAAACGGACUCGGAGCCGGAGCCGUCUGGGAUGAGACAGCUCCCUGCCAGCUCGAACACUUAGCCUUGUUACCUGCUUAUUGACUCUUUCAGAGCACCUGUCUGCCUCUAAACACGCUCCACAACAUGUUUUUAAUUCAGAGGUGUUUCUGCUCUCUCAGCAAUAAAGCAGAACUACUGAAGAUCAUUUGUGCUUCAGGAUGCCCUCGUUUUUCUACUACUGCUAAAAUGUCUAAGAAGUUCAAAAAUGCAAGACGAAUUGAAGGACUUGGUAGUAAUGUGUGGGUUGAAUUUUUUAAUCUAUCUGCACAUCCCUCUAUUGUGAAUCUUGGCCAAGGCCAACCAGAUAUAUCCCCUCCUGCACAUAUUAAAGAAGAGCUAGCCAAGGUUUCAGCAAUUGAUUCAAUGAAUCAGUACACACGAGGCUUUGGUCAUCCAUCACUUGUGCAAGCUUUAUCUUCUCUAUAUGAAAAUUUUUAUGGCAGAUCAAUUGAUCCAAAUCAUGAAACAAUAGUGACAGUGGGAGGAUAUGGAUCUCUUUUUAAUGCUAUACAAGGAUUAGUUAAUGAAGAAGAAGAAGUGAUCAUUGUUGAGCCUUUCUUUGACUGCUACGAGCCCAUGAUAAAGAUGGCUGGAGCAAUUCCUGUUUCUAUCCCCUUACGCCUUAAACCUACUAAGGGAAAAGAUUGGACCAGUGCCUCAUGGAUAUUAGAUCUUGAAGAACUGGAAAGUAAAUUUAGUUCAAAAACCAAAGCUCUUAUAAUAAAUACUCCACACAAUCCCACUGGUAAGAUAUUUUCCAAAGAAGAGCUUCAAGGAAUUGCUGAUCUAUGUAUUAAAUAUGAUAUCAUUUGCAUCAGUGAUGAAGUUUAUGAAUGGCUGGUGUACACUGGACGUAAACACACUAAAAUAGCUACUUUGCCAGGUAUGUGGGAAAGAACAAUAACAAUAGGAAGUGCUGGAAAGACAUUCAGUGUAACUGGCUGGAAGCUUGGUUGGUCUAUUGGUCCUAAGAAUCUCAUAAGACAAAUGCAGAUUGUCCAACAAAAUGUCAUUUAUACUUGUGCAACUCCUUUACAGGAAGCUUUGGCUCGAGCUUUUUGGUAUGAAAUAAAACAACUGAAUGAUCCAGAAUGCUACUUUUAUUCUCUGCCCCGGGAGCUGGAAGGGAAAAGGGAUCGGAUAAUCCAGUUACUCCAAAAAAUUGGACUGAAUCCCAUAAUCCCUGAAGGGGGAUACUUUGUCAUAGCUGAUGUUUCAGUGCUAAGUUUCUCCACUCUCUCUCCUGAUUCUCCUGUCUCUCUGACCACCCUUCAGUUUCUUUGGUUGGGUCUUCAUCAGUGCCUCACAAGAUUCUCCCUGAGACCCCUUCACUGCCAAUUGAUCUGACAUAAGCUUUUCUCAACUCAGGAAAACUUCCUCAGCUCCACCAUCCCAGAGAUCUUCCUAAAGUGCAAGAUCAUUCUCUGGCUGCUAGGUUCUCUUUUCUUCUCUAUCUCCCUCUCUACUCAAUGUCUCUCCCUCUAUAGUAGUCCCUUCCCAGCCCCUCUUAAAAUUUCUCUUUAUCUCCUAUUUAUCUUAUAUCAUUUAUUGAUUAUUAGUCUGUGAGCUUCUAUAAGAGCUUGUUUUUGUUGGUUUGUUUUGUUUUUUACCUUUCUUUGUAUCCAUAGGACUUAGAACAGAU